AUGACCAACGAAAAGGAAGAGCUCCCAAGCGGAGAGCUUAAAAAGACAGAAGCUGUCCAGGUCUGUGAGACGUAUGAAGCAGAUUCUGUAGAACCGCAAAACGCGAAUGAGCCUGAAGAAGGUGUUCUAUACAAUGACAGAACAAGAUUGAAGCAAGGGCUGAAAGAGCGUCACAUUAAAAUGUUAACACUUGUAGGUGUUUUUGGGACCGGUUUAUUUCUCUCUUCAGGGGGAACUCUAAAGAAGGCCGGGCCUGCUGGUAUGUUUCUGGCUUACGUUGUAGUCGGGAUAGUGGUGGGUUGCAACCAGAUCGCGAUUGCUGAGGUGGCUUCAUUUAUGCCAGCAACAGGGGCAACAAUCAGACACGCCGAACAGUUCAUUGACGAGUCAGUUGGCUUUACAUUCGGUUGGAUCUCAACUUAUUCUUCGUUGAUGCCUGGCGAGCUUUCUGCUACCGCUGUGGUUAUGCGCUAUUGGACUGAUAUAAAUCCAGCUGUCUGGAUUACCAUUUUUGGUAUUUUAUUUGUUCUCACCAACAUUUAUACCAUAAGGUUCUACGGUGAAGUUGAGUACUUUUUUGGUUGGAUGAAAAUUAUUCUGAUUAUUAUUUUGAUUGUCACAGGGUUAGUUAUAGACCUUGGUGGGGCUAAGCAAGAAAGGCUUGGGUUUCACUACUGGAGAGAACCAGGACCCUUUGCUGAAUACAUAGUAAAGGGGGAAAUCGGCAAAUUUGUUGGUUUUUGGGCGGCGCUUUCCUCUGUCGUAUAUUCAUACUCAGGCAUUCAGAACAUUGCUAUUCUGGCUGGUGAAACGAAGAACAGCAGACAUGCAAUUUUUCAUGGAGCCAGAAAUGUUUUUCUGCGUAUUAUUGUUCUAUAUCUGAUUGCUGUUCUGGUUCUCACCCUAAUUGUUCCUUAUAACGAUAAGUUGAUUGCGACUGGUACUGGCACUGCCAAGUCAAGUCCUUAUGUUAUCGCUAUUCAGCGAGCAAACAUAAAGAUCUUACCUCAUAUUAUCAAUGCUAUCAUUCUAACCUCGGCUUGGUCCGCUGGCAAUUUAGCCAUUGUGGAGGGCUCUAGAAACCUUUUCGCUUUGGCAUCCAAGAAUCAAGCACCAAAAAUCUUCUUGACCACCAACAAGAGAGGAAUUCCGUAUGUUGGAAUUGCCUUCAUUUCUGCGUUUCUUCCUUUAUCGUAUAUGUCUGUUUCGAGCUCUUCCGCAAAUGUGUUCAGUUGGUUUCAAGAGCUCGUGUCUUCAAACACUCUUUUACGCUGGAUUUUGAUAUCGGCUAAUCACAUCCACAUGGAUAGAGCCUUAAAGGCACAGGGCUACAGUAGAUCUGAUCUGCCUCACUCUACAUGCCUUGGGCCAUUUGCUGCGUGGUUUUCUGGUAUCAUGUCUUUAAUUUUCUUAUUAACGGGCGGUUUUUACAACUUUAUCCAUGGCCAUUUUGAUAUUGAAUCAUUUUUCACAAGGUAUUUCAUUAUUCCACUCGCUAUCAUUCUUUUCACAUUCUGGAAGCUUUUCAAGAAGACCAAGUACCUUCGUCCAGCUGAAGUUGAUCUAGAAUCUAUAUUUGAGGACAUUCGCCAAAAUCCUGAAAUAACUUUAGCAACUACAACUUGA